AUGUCAGCCGCACACUGCUUCCAACGACCCUCCGGCCCGGUCGUCUACUUGGGGCGGCAGAAUCAGGAGGGCAGCAACUCCAACGAGGUUUCCAGGACCGUCUCUCGGAUCAUCAGACAUCCCAAUUUCAACAACGUGUCCCGCGAUAACGACAUCGCCCUCCUCCGCCUCUCCUCCUCCGUCACCUUCACUAACUUCAUCCGCCCCAUCUGCCUGGCAGCAGCCAACAGUACCUUCAACCGGGGCACCACCAGCUGGGUGACAGGCUGGGGCACUAUCAAACGAGGAGUGCCCCUCCCCUCCCCACAGACCCUUCAGGAAGUGGAUGUGCCGGUGACGGGGAACAGGAACUGUUUCUGCAAGUACAACCCGUCAGGCAGGACCAUCACCGACAACAUGAUCUGUGCCGGGAGGGACGAGGGGGGCAAGGACUCCUGUCAGGGCGAUUCUGGCGGUCCGAUGGUGAGUAAGCAGGGUUCUGUGUGGGUCCAGGCGGGUGUCGUGAGCUUCGGUAUCGGCUGCGCCCGGGCCCAGUUCCCAGGAGUGUAUGCACGCGUCUCUCAGUACCAGAGCUGGAUCAACACCCAGAUCACCAGCGACCAGCCGGGCUUCGUCACCUUCACCUCCACCGGGACAGACGCAGACCUGAGUGCCACCUGCACCGGCCUGCCUGCUGUCACCACACCUCCACCAAGACCACCACUACCAUGGCGUAAGUAA